ACUUAGCACUUAGCACUUAGCACUUAGCACUUAGCACUUAGCACUUAGCACUUAGCACUUAACAUCAUCAAAUUCUCUUUCCUCAAAAUCUUAACACUCUCUCACUGCUCUUUGCUUUGCACAACAAAACGAGGAUGGAUUAUUUGAAGCAAAAGUUUCCCUUCCUCAAGCUUUUCCUCACCAUCUUCUUCCUAGGCCUCGCUUUACGCAUCCUCUUCUUCCACUCCCUUUCCCCCACUGUUUUGGAAUCCCCAUUUCCUCAGAAAGUCACACUAACCCAACCUCAAAACCCCCCUCUUAGUUCCACUCUUUCACCACAUAUUCCCCAACCCCCACCUGUUCCACAACAUGUUCCCGAACCUCCACCUGUUCUCGAACAUGUUUCCCUAACUCAACAUCAACUCUCUCACACCGCAGACUCAGAGAAAUGUGAUUACUUUAGCGGGGAUUGGGUUCCAAAUCCGUCGGGUCCAGUUUACACUAAUGAUACCUGCGACCUCAUUGAAUCUCAUCAAGAUUGCUUGAAAAAUGGGAGGCCUGACAGAGAGUUUCUGUAUUGGAGGUGGGCUCCAAGAGAGUGUGAUUUGCCUCAGUUUGAUCCACAAAGGUUUCUCAACAUGAUGCGGAACAAAGCCUGGGCAUUCAUUGGCGAUUCCAUUUCCCGCAACCAUGUGCAAUCGCUGCUCUGCAUUCUCUCCAAGGUGGAACAACCUGUCUUAGUCUACCACGACGAGGAAUACAAGUCCAAAAGCUGGAACUUCCCCUCAUACAACUUAAGCGUGUCAGUUAUUUGGGCACCAUUCCUUGUGGAAGCUGCUAUUUUUGAAGACAUAAACGGUGUUUCGAGUUCUGAAGUUGAGCUACAUCUCGAUAAACUGGAUAGUAAAUGGACGGAUCAGUAUCUCGACUUUGAUUACAUUAUUUUUUCAACUGGGAAAUGGUUUCUCAAAUCUGCAAUCUACUAUGAGAAUGACACUAUGUUGGGCUGCCACUCGUGUCCCAAAAGGAACCUGACGGAGCUGGGGUUUAACUUCGCUUACCGCAAAGCCUUGAAAUUUGUGAUGAACUUCAUAGUGUCUUCCACUCACAAGGGGAUGAUUUUUUUCAGGACAUUCACUCCUGAUCAUUUUGAGAAUGGGGAGUGGUUUAGUGGUGGAACUUGCAAUAGAACAGCACCAAUUAAGGAAGGUGAGAUGGAGAUGAAAUAUUUGAACAAGAUGCUUCGUGACAUUGAGUUAGAGGAGUUUGCAAAGGCAGCAUCUGAAGCUUCAAGAAAUGGGGUGAAUUUUAAGAUUGUGGAUUUUGCUUCACUUUCACAAUUGAGACCUGAUGGGCAUCCUGGUCCAUACAGGCAAUUUCAUCCAUUUGAAAAGGGCCAAAAUGCUAAAGUGCAGAAUGAUUGUCUGCAUUGGUGCUUACCAGGGCCUAUAGACUCUUGGAAUGAUAUAAUAAUGGAGAUGGUUGUGAAUGGGUGAGAAAAUGAGUUAAAUUGCCCAUACAGUUGUGAAUAUUGAUGAAUUGUUACACUCUCUAUACUAUGAUUCUUGAUAUUCAUAUUCAUACAGAAGGACAUUGGAGAUUGGAGGCAAAUAAAUUGAAUGUAGCACAGAGGAUUCUAAUCUUGAUAUGGAAGUGCAUGGGCAUGAAAUUCUGUUUUCUUUGUCUCCAUUUUGGUUUGACGGGCCAUCCGUGGUUAUUUGAGGCAACUAUAGUUCUAUCUUUUUCCAUUUUCUUGUAAUAUAUAGUAUUUGAUGAGUUGUGUUGUGUUAAACAACUCAAAAAGGAAAAAUUAAUUCAAUUAGAUUUGAGGCUGGUUGUUGGAUAAGACAAAAUGUCGGGGAUUACUUUUAUUUUAUUUGUUUUUAACUGAAUAAAUAUGUCAAAUUAUCCACGA